AUGACAGUCUGGAUGCCUGAGGAAGGUCAUUUCAUACUGCAGGCCCCAUUUGAGGCUCUCAGAGGACCUGUUUACACUGCUAACAGACAAGAGCUAGAAGUCCAGGCCAGCUGCGAGGUUCGCCCAGGGCAAGAAUUCCUCACCUGCUCCUACGCCUUCUACUCCAACCAUCUCUUCUGAGCCUACCAGUCCUACUCCAGGGACCCCUCCAGCCAGGAGCCUACCCUGCUCAUCAAGGGCAAAGUUCGUCUGUGCCAGGCCUCCUGGGUCAUCCACGGUGCCACUGAGGCUGACUACCAUCUACACAAGGUGUGUGUGGACCAAGCUCUCCUUGACAUUGCCAGGUGCUUCAACCAGACCCGACGAUUGCCCCCAGGCCAGGCCUGGCUGUCAGGGACUUCAUAUGAGUUGCUGAGCUCCUGGGUCUCUGGUGACUGCGUGGUGGCACUGGGCUUCAACAUGCACAAACUCAGUCUGCUGCACCUGCAACGGCACAUGCAACAGCAGCCUGGGGUGGCGCCCCAUCUAGUUGAGGAGUUGUACUUGGGGAAUGUCCACACAGACUGGGCAGAGAGGCAGCACUACCAUCCCACUGGCUACCAGUGCCCCCUGCAAAGUGUUCUUCACCACGCUCGGCCCUGCCUGCCUUGCAGUCUCACUGCUCGCUCUGACGACCACCUGCCCGUGCUGCCUUCCCGGCUGGCCGCCCUGCCACUGAGCCUCCGUGGCCACUGGGUCAGCAUGAGCUCUGAGGUGAGGCCUGAGGUACUGUUUCUCACAUGGCACUUCAGCGUGGAUGACUGCCACCGCUCCUGGGAAGGGUAUUGCCACUAUGUCUCUGACCCUGCCUGCUGCCAGCCCACCUUCACGGUGUUUGCGGCUGGCCACUACUCCAGAGGCACCCUGUCCCCCAAGGUCCACGGGGACACUGAGCUGGUGUUUGAGGUUACACGGGCCCAUGUGACCCCCAUGGACCAGGCCACUACAGGCAUAGUCAACUUCUCCAAGCCAAGCAGCUGUGGUGGUCCAGGCGUCUGGUCAGCAGGUACUAAGAGGAAUGUCGCAGCCACCAGCGGUUGCCCGUCCUUGGGCAUCAGGCUCCCACAUGUAGAGUAUGAGCUGUUCAAAGUGGAACAAGAGCCACAUGGGCAGCCCACAGAUGGGUCCAGUCCUGACACUCCUGAGAAACUUACCCCCUUCCAGGACCCACUGCUGCUUUGCAAGAGGCAGGCCCAAGAAGCCCCCAGGCCCUCACGGCCAAGGCCUCAAAUGCAGAGGCUCCCCACUGGGUGGGCACCAUAUCUUCCUGUCAUCUCUCUCCCCAUGCUCUUCUUCACUCAAGGACCGGUCCUCUUUGAAUGGCUAUGA